AUGGCAGAUCUGACAGCACAACCUUCAGAGGCGACAACAACCACUGUUGAUGUAUCAAACGUGAAUUCUGUCGAAACAACAACUGGACAAACAGAGAAGGAAAAUCCAGAGACAGUUCCUGAGUCAGUUCCCAAUGCCACACCUCCCGUCCCAGCAUCAAUCCCUAUUGUCUCGCCUCCUACAGGCCGUCGACCUAAAACCACAGCAAGAAAGAAGGUUCUUACUCUUCCGGGUCCUAUAGGAUCCACCGUAAUUGGAGCUUCAAGUAAAGGAGUUACUUUUCCCAACCUCAAUGCUCAGCCAAACCAAGCCUCAGCAGUUCCACUCGCCUCUUCCGAAGGUCAAAUAAAAGCCAAACCUGCCUUAACUACAAGUCAUUCCCAACCAAUCUCCACUGAAGUUGUGUCUGAUCCAUCUGAUCAUGACUUUGAAUCAUUGUUAUCUCUUGAUGUUUUGACCCCCAAGGCAAAGGGCAAACGCAAGACCAAAGCUACUGGAACAAAGAAAGAGGAUGUUUCUCCUGAAACGGAAGACUCACUGCCUGAGUUGGACCCUUCCCUGACCGAGCCAAAUCCUGAAGUUUCUCUUGACGAUUUGGCGGAGGAGACUGAAUCUGAAGAAGUUCCAUCAGAAGCUUCUCCUAUUGCAUCUAACCCAAUGGGAACCACACCAUUGGCAUUUCCUGAAUUGUCUUCCAAACUCCCUAAACAAAAAGGUGCCCCUGUCCGUACUUCAGAUGACCAUGCUCCGUCCAUAGCUCGAAAGGUCAAAGGCAUUAAUCUGGCUGGUUUUGGGUCUGGCAAUGUUGUGACUGACACUCCUGCUGUCCCGAUUGAUCUCGCUUCUGUCCAUACAGGAAUUACAAGUCUCUCUGACUGGUUCACUCUCAUGGAGGAUACUCAGCGCCAAAUUCUUUCUUCGUUGGCCAUCAUCAAUGCAUCCACCACUCCUUCUCCAUGA